GUUGCUCGGUGCAGGGACUGGCCUGGGGCCCCCGGAACCCGGAUCGCCUGCCCCUCUGUCCCUGCCCGGUCGCCUUUCCGUGUGACACCGGCGGAGUGAAUUCGGGGCUGCACCCGAGCAGGAGAUGGAGGUGGAUGGGGAGCGGGAACGGGAGCUUGGCGGGUCCAGCCCUAGUCCAGGGGAGGAAGAGGAGGAACUUUGUUGGCGGCGGCCGCCGCCGCGGCACCACCCCAAGUACACAGAGAUGAUGGCUUUAGACAUUGCAGAUAGUACACAAGUAUAUACAGCUUUUCUGGUGUUUCUUGAUCUUCUGGAAGCCAGGAACUGGAAGGAUGUGACCUACAAAGGAUCAGAAGAGCUUCAGUUGGUCUAUCUACAGGGUUAUCCAGGUGGGCAGGAGGAAAUAGAAGUGGUGGUGCCAAUGCCAGUUCAUAUGACAUUGAGUCAUGAAAGGAUUAGAAAAAUUAUGGAAAGCAUCUGCGACCAAAGUAGAAAGGAGUUCACGCUGGCCAUUGUUGACUCAGACUCGACAGUUGUUUAUUAUCAACUUACCAAUGGCUUUGUUGUACCAGACCCACCGGACAACGUUGAAGAGAUAGACAGCAGACAGUGCAGAAAGAGACAGAAGAAGUUUCGGAGAUGACCACUGUUCAAUUUGUUAAUACUAAUACUGUUGUGAAUUUUUUAUUUCUCUGUGGAGAAUUAUAAGUUAAAUAUCUGCAAAUCAAUAAUUCAAUGGCAUUGUAUCAGUUGACUGUUUAUGUCCUGUAUUUACAGGUGUCUCAUGGCCUUGCUUGUUGCUUUCACUAUGAUGGUAUCAUUCUAUAAUGGCUGUUACAGUCUUAACCUUUGUUUAAAAAUUAGUUGCAGGAGUGUGACAGGUCUGAUUAUGCUGUAUCGCAGUGUUGACAUAUUUAAAAUAUAUGUAUAAAUUAAACUUGAGAAAUUUAAAAAUUGCAUUGAUUUUACUUUUUUUAUUGUUAGGCCUCCCUGCUUCCUUGUUUCUGCCGAGAGAACUUCCAUGCAUGCCUCCUUCAGCAAUGUUGGAAGAACUUUCUGCUUUUGGUCCCACUGAUGACCUCCUGCCAGUCAUGCUGAUUUUCUGUGAAGUGAGAAGUUACAUCAUAAAUCAGCAACAUCUGACAAAAUAAAUCUGCUGAUAGGACAAUAAAUGCAGUUAUGACAAAGUUGAGUUUUGCUUUUCUGAUGUAACGUACUCUGCAUGGAUUUGUGCCUUGUCACAUCCACUAAACGAUCUGAUUUGGAAAGAUAAACAAGUGUGGAAUUGGUUUCAAUCUGUACUUGUCUUAAUCUAUCACAGCCUUAAGUAGAUUGAGUUAAGAACAAGUAAUGAUUGACUGACUCCCAUUAAAACUAGCUGAGAUUUUGAGCACUGAGACAAGGCGCUAUGCCGUAAAUCACUUGGGGGGAAAAAAAACAGGAUUGUUUUUGUUUGUGAUUGGUUGAAUGAUGUCAAAAGAAGCUAUCCUUCCUGCCAGUAUCCUUGUUUUGGAUAAUGGAUUGUGAAAAGGAGAAUAAAGGAAAGAAAAUAAAA